UAAACUAGAUAUUGUGAGGAACUUAUACAUUUGAUAACUGUGAUUACUUACUGAACAUGAAUGAACGACUAGUGUUAGUGUUGUGUCUUAUAUUGCCUUUCUCAACAUGCCAGGAUUCUACGUGUAACCUGUUUCAGAAGUAUGUGCUUUUUAAAGACGAAUGUCCCAGUGAAGAAACAAAUGAGGUCGAACAAAAGAGUAGUUGUAGCUAUUUUCAGAAAUAUGUCUUAUGGAGGAAAGAAUGUAAUGAGGUGCCGCAGGUCAAUACUACUUUUACAAAAUGUAAUAGAAUUCAACAAAAACUGUUAGGACAAGAAUACUGUAAUUACAUUCCAGACCAAUAUUUAGAUGUGCCUCAGAUAAUCGCCAGACAUGGAUAUCCCUCUGAAACUCAUAUUGUUGUCACCGAGGACGGAUAUUUACUACAAGUUCAUCGAAUUCCAAGACCAAAAUUGGGAGCUUCUAUUGGACAACCUAUAUUCUUACAACAUGGUUUAUUAGGAAGCAGUGCCGAUUGGAUAAUUAACGGAAAUAAUACUUUAGCAUUUUUAUUAGCAGACAAAGGUUAUGAUGUUUGGUUAGGAAAUGCAAGAGGAAAUGUUUACUCGAGAUCACAUAUAUCUUUACCAAACGAUCACUCAGCUUUUUGGAAUUUCAGCUUUCAUGAAAUGGGAACCAAAGAUUUACCAUCAGUUAUCACUUAUAUUACCAGAGUUACAAAGAAACCUGGUGAACUCAUUUAUGUUGGUCAUUCGAUGGGAACUACUAUGUUCUAUGUAUUCGCAUCGGAAAAUGUACGAGUAGCCAAAAAUGUUAAAGUAAUGGUUGGAAUGGGAUCCGCUGCUUAUAUGACACACAUAACAUCCCCAAUUCGAUAUUUUGCACCACUUUCGAAUGAUCUAGAGUGGUUACGAAAAUACUUGGGAUUUAAUCAAUUUUUACCAAAUAACAAACUGAUGCGUGCUCUUAGCUUUCAAUGCGAACUAUUUAAAAUCGAUUCGAAAAUGUGCGAAAAUCUUAUUUUUGCUAUAUGUGGAUUUAAUAAGGAAGAAUUUAACACGAAAAUUCUUCCCAUACUAUUAGCAAAAGACCCAGCUGGAGCUUCUACCAAAACUAUUAUUCAUUAUGCCCAAGAAAUAAGAAACAAUGGUAACUUUCAAAAAUACGAUUACGGCGAGGUGGGUAAUAUGAUUGAAUAUGGUACCAAAACUCCUCCGUUGUAUAACAUAACUAGUAUCAGAACUCCCAUAUACCUCAUGUACGCUAUGAAUGAUUGGUUAUCAAAUCCAGAGGACGUAUUCCGUUUUGCAAGUGGUUUAAAAAAUUUAGCAGGGCUAUACAAGAUUAAAAUGGAUUCUUUUAACCAUGUAGAUUAUAUUUUUGGAAAAGAUGCUGAGACUUUGGUUUAUCAACCUCUAAUAAAAUUUCUAAGCAACUAUACAGAAAGUUUUUAUGACAGUUUUGCCGUUAUUAACCAUAGAGGCUCUUAAAAUGGUUAUUCAGCGUAAAUUUUCAAUAUUAAUUACGUUUAACUUCUUAGUAUAUAUGAAAAAUUGUGAUUUUAUAUUAUUUAAAAAGGAGAUGAGCUUUAUUAUAUAAACUAGAAGAUAAUGAAAUUAAUAUUUAUUUAAAAUCCAAUGUAAAUUUUAAGUUUGUAGUCGAAUUUUAAAAUAAAGAGAAACUUAAGAA